UUACAUCAAUUGAAAUUUAAAUUAUUGUUUUAAAAUAGCAUUCUUCUUAUUAUCAACAAUUGGUUCUAUUUCCUUAAAAAAAAGAUUUGUUCCAUUAAAAAAAAUUCUUUUAAAGAGACUUUGGGUCCCUCUCUACAGUGACGUCGCUUGGUUACCUAAUAAUAAUAGUAUCACUCGCUCGCUCAGUGUCUCUCUCUCGUUUUCCCGCCAAUUUUGGCUUCUGGGACUCUCUCUCUCUCGCUCCAUGAAACCCUAAUUCUCUCUAUUCCUUUCAGAGAGACCUCAAUUCAAUUUUUAGAAUAUAGAAACAAACGACUUCUCAGAUGAAACGAUCUUCAAUAGCGGAGGUUCCUAAUAGGACCUCGAAACGCGCCAAAACCACCAGAGGGGAGGAUGAUUAUAUGCCUGGAAACAUAAUUGAAAUGGAGCUUCACAACUUCAUGACCUAUGAUCACUUAUUUUGCAAACCAGGAUCACGCUUGAACCUUGUAAUUGGACCAAAUGGGUCAGGUAAAAGUUCUAUUGUAUGUGCAAUUGCACUUGGUCUUGGUGGUGAGCCUCAGCUUCUUGGGAGAGCAACAAGUGUUGGAGCAUAUGUGAAGCGUGGUGAAGAGUGUGCAUACAUUAAAAUAUCCUUGAGAGGAAACACAAAAGAUGAGAGGAUCACCAUCAUGCGCAAAAUUGACACACAUAACAAGUCAGAAUGGUUAUACAAUGGAAAAGUGGUACCUAAAAAAGAGAUAGGUGAAAUAACUCAAAGGUUCAACAUCCAAGUCAACAAUUUGACUCAAUUCUUACCACAAGACAGAGUCUGUGAGUUUGCAAAGUUGACUCCUGUGCAACUUUUAGAAGAGACUGAAAAGGCAGUCGGUGAUCCUCAACUUCCAAUACAACACCGUGCCCUUGUUGAAAAAAGUCGUGAACUAAAAAAUAUUGAAGUGGCUGUUGAGAGAAAUGGGGAAACUCUGAAUCAGUUGAAGGCCCUUAAUGCUGAACUUGAAAAGGAUGUAGAACGUGUCCGCCAAAGAGAAGAACUUCUGGAAAAGGUUGAAUGGAUGAAAAAGAAAUUGCCAUGGCUGAAGUAUGAUAUGAAGAAGGCUGAAUAUCUGGAAGCUAAAGAGCAGGAAAAAGAUGCCCAAAAGAAGUUGGAGGAGGCUGUAAAAAUUAUGAAAGAUCUCAAAGAACCCAUUGACAAACAAAAGAAGGAUAAAUCCCUGCUGGACUCUAAAUGCAAGAAAGUCCUCAGUCUCAUAAAUGAGAAUACUAAGCAACGCAUGGAACUUCUGGAGAAGGAAAACCAUUUGGAGGUGAAUUUUAAAGGAAAACGCAAAGAGAUGGAAGACUUAAAGAGACAAGAAGAAUCCCGUCAACAAAGAAUUCUAAAAGCUAAAAAUGAUCUUACUGCUGCUGAAAUAGAACUUCGAAACCUGCCUACUUAUGAGCCUCCAACGGAUGUUUUUGGAAGAUUACAUAAUCAGAUUGUGGAGCUACAAUUUUCUGCAAAAGAAAAGAGGUUGCAGAAAUCAGAAACUGAGAAGCUUUUAGAUCAAAAGAGACUAUUGCUCAAGCAGUGCUUAGACAAGUUGAAGGAUAUGGAGGAUACAAAGAACAAACUUUUACAAGCGUUAAGAAACUCUGGAGCUGAAAAGAUAUUUGAUGCUUAUAAGUGGGUGGAGCAACAUCGAAAUGAAUUGAAAGCAGAAGUGUAUGGUCCUGUGUUGCUUGAGGUUAAUGUAUCGGAUCGGAUGCAUGCGGAUUACUUAGAAGGUCAAGUCCCAUAUUAUAUUUGGAAGUCUUUCAUAACCCAGGAUCCCACUGAUCGAGAUGUCUUGGUCAAAAACCUUAAGGCAUUUGAUGUUCCGAUCUUAAACUACGUGAGGGAUGAAUCCCAUCCUAAAGAAGCCUUUCAAGUUUCUGAGAAGAUGCAUGAGCUUGGCAUCUAUAGCCGACUUGACCAAGUUUUUGAUGCUCCCCAUGCUGUUAAGGAGGUCUUAAUCAGCCAGUUUGGUCUUGACAGAUCAUAUAUUGGGUCAAAGGAAACUGAUCAGAAGGCGGAUGAGGUUGCAAAGUUGAAAAUCUGGGAUUUUUGGACGCCAGAAAAUCACUAUCGGUGGUCUCCCUCACGAUAUGGUGGUCAUGUUUCUGGAAGUGUUGAACCGGUUGAUCGCUCACGUCUUCUAUUAUGUAGUUCAGAUUCUGGUGAAAUUGAAAGGCUAAAAUGCAGGAAGCAUGAGCUUCAAGAAUCUGUUACUGCUUUAGAGGAGAGUUUUAAAGUACUACAGAGAGAGCAAAGACAGUUAGAGAAUGAAGAAGCUGAACUGCAAAAGGAACGGGAGGAGAUUAUCAGCAAUGUACAACAUGAGAAAAGAAAACGGAAGGAUAUGGAGAACCUUGUUAAUCAAAGAAAAAGGAAACUUGAAUCAGUGGAGAAAGAGGUUGACCUCGAUACUAGCAUGGCAAAACUUAUUGAUGAAUCAGAAAAUAUUAAGAGAGAACGGCUUCAAUGUGCUAUUGCAAUUAAGAAUUUGCUCUUUGAGGCCGUUUCUAAUAGAUGGAGUCUUGCUGAAAAACAUAUGGCCACCAUUGAAUUUGAUACGAAGAUAAGAGAACUUGAAUUCAAUUUGAAGCAGCAUGAAAAGGUUGCUCGGCAAGCAGCACUUCACGUUGAGUAUUGCAAGAAGGAGGUAGAGGAACAUCGACAGCAACUCUCAUCUGCCAAGAUAAGUGCAGAAUCAGUUUCCAUUAUCACUCCAGAACUUGAAAAGGCAUUUCUUGAGAUGCCUACAACAAUUGAGGAAUUGGAAGCUGCUAUACAAGACAACAUGUCUCAAGCUAAUUCAAUUCUUUUUCUUAACCAUAAUGUACUAGAAGAAUAUGAACACCGCCAACAGAAGAUAGAAUCCAUGACCAGAAAACUGGAAGCAGAUAAAGAGGAACUGAAAAGGUGUUUAGCUGAAAUUGAUGACCUGAAGGAAAGUUGGCUUCCAACAUUAAGAAACCUUGUUGCUCGGAUAAAUGAAACUUUUAGUCGCAACUUCCAGGAGAUGGCUGUUGCUGGAGAAGUUUCACUGGACGAGCAUGACAAGGACUUUGAUCAAUAUGGAAUACUAAUAAAAGUGAAGUUCAGGCAAGCAGGACAACUUCAAGUUCUUAGUGCUCAUCAUCAAUCUGGAGGGGAGCGUUCAGUUUCAACUGUCCUUUAUCUUGUUUCUCUUCAAGACCUUACAAACUGCCCAUUUAGGGUAGUUGAUGAGAUUAAUCAAGGAAUGGACCCGAUAAAUGAAAGAAAGAUGUUUCAGCAGUUAGUGAGAGCUGCCAGUCAACCAAACACUCCACAAUGUUUCUUACUCACCCCAAAGCUGCUGCCGGAUUUGGAAUACAGCGAGGCAUGCAGCAUUCUCAAUAUAAUGAAUGGGCCUUGGAUUGAACAGCCUGCUAAAGUUUGGAGCAGCGGUGAAAGUUGGAGAGCUGUUGCCAGGCUUGUCGGAGAAACUUAAUGCUAUAAUACAUCUGCCGGUAAGAUGCUCUGGUUGGGAUCCUUUGGCUAGAAACAGUCCAGGGGUGCUGCCAUCACGAGAUCAAGGAGCAAACUGUAUUUUGUCGCACAUCAGCUUCUUCUGUAGAACCCCUGUAGUUCUUUGGUCGUGCCUUUUUAGGGUAAUCCCUGUGUAUAGAUGAUUCCUUCUUGGAAAACUACACUAUUCAUACUGCGGCACACUUCUCCUGUAUCAACAAUGGAGGAUUAAAUAGAAUAGCUCAUUUGUCCCAAGUAGAUGUUAGGUAAAUUCUUAAUAAAUUUGUAAAUAAGGUGUUUAUUGGCUUCGAUAUUCUAGUUUGUAGCAAUUUGAAUGCUCUUUUUUCUUUAACAGAUAAAAGCUGCCUCUUUAACACAGCCAGUUUACAA